AUGCCUUUCAACAGCGUGUUGUUAAUUUCAACGGCGAACAGAUCGGCGGAGGUGUGGCAGCAGCUGGCGUGUUUGCCGGAGCGGAUUAGCAGCGAUGAGAUGGUCGAUUUGGUGCUGUGUUUCCCUCUGCAGCAGCUCGGCCGCUGGGCUCUCUACGUCUGGACCUACCUCUGCGUCUCUCCCUACCCCCACCGCCACCACUACGAGGCUUCCUACACAAGCGAUGAUGAUUCCGAUUACGAUGAUGCCGGCGGACCCUCUUCUUCCGGAAAUCACGACUAUCACUAUUGCCUUUACUGCAACCACCAAAACACUGGCGGUUACCACUCUUCUUCCAAUUCUGAUUAG